GUGUCCUGGGCUCUCACAGCUUGGAAUGUCCAGCAAUACCUAACAUGCAAGCACGGCAAAUCACUUUCUACACAGAAUCUGAACCUCUGUUUCUCUCUCUCUCUCUCCUUUAUCUCCUCUCUCCUCUCUCUCUCCUCUCUCUCUUUCUCUCUUUCAACAUGGAAUUUGAAAAGCAUGAAAAAGGAAGCUUAUUAGACAAGAAUUUAGAGGAGAGACUGAAGGUCUCUUCUGGUGAUUCUGAAGCCAAACCUCUGAUCUUCAGCUUUGUUCCCACUGUUGGAAGACUUCCAGCCCACAUUCAGUUGGCCGACACUUCCAAAUACCUUGUUAGGAUUCCUGAGGAGCCAGGUGAUAAGAGUCCAGAAACUGUAAAUAGGUCUACAUCCGUUGACGUGACCUUUAACAGUGGGAAUGAACAAGAGAGAGUCCAAGGGACACUGAAUUGUCUGUCCCAGGUCUGUGAAAAUAAUUCACAAGGAAGGGGAUUUAAAGCAAACGACCUUCAAGGAAUGCAGCAAGGUGACCUCUUCAAGGCUGAGUAUGUCUUUAUUGUGGACUCUGAAGGGGAAGAUGAAGUUACCAGCAGAAAAGUGGAACAGGGUGCCCCAGGGGGCACAGGCAACACGGUAGCCCGGCCCAAGUCUCUAGCGAUCUCCUCCAGUCUGGUCUCCGAUGUGGUGCGUCCCAAAGUACGGGGGCCUGAUCGCAAGGCCACGUCACACCCUGAAGCUGCUCAGGAGAUGGCCUCCCAGCAAAGGCAUGGACAGCAAUACAAGACCAAGUCCAGCUACAAGGUUUUUGCAGCAAUCCCUACAAACACAUUGCUUUUGGAACAGAAGGCACUAGACGAGCCAUCCCCGGCUGAACGUGUCUCCCGGGACAGCUCCGUAGACCUUCCCCUGGAGUUGUGCUUCCCUGCACAGCUCAGGCGGCAAACCGAAGAGGUCUGUGCUACCAUUGAUAAGGUCUUGCAGGAUUCCUUGUCUAUGCAUUCUUCUGAUUCUCCUUCAAGGUCUCCACUGCAGACAUUGCUGGGUUCUGAGACAAUCAAAACUCCUCCAUCUCUUCCAAGAGCGGCUGGUCGAGAAACGAAGUAUGCGAAUCUCUCCUCGGCGUCCUCUACAGUGUCUGAGAGUCAGCUGACUAAGCCUGGAGUGAUUCGCCCGGCACCUAUAAAAUCCAGAAUAUUACUGAGAAAAGAAGAAGAAGUCUGCGAGCCCAACCCUUUCAGUAAAUACCUGGACGAUGACGGCGGCCUCUUCUCUGAGCAGGAUGUGACAGUUCCUCCCAAGCCUGUUUCGCUCCAUCCUUUAUACCAGACUAAACUCUAUCCUCCUGCUAAGUCUCUGCUGCGCCCGCAGACCAUCUCGCACACCGCCUGCCUUAGCCCAGGGCCCUUCGGCCAUUUGUCCUCCUCCUUGCAGGAUGAGCAGACCUCUCACACCCUCCUUAGCCACGUCGCGUAUAACAAGCUGAGUCAUCCAAUGGUGACUAUUCCUGAACACGAAACCCUUGAUUCCAAAGAGCAGUGAAGUUGGAGAAGACACGAAAGCCAGCUGCUGAAGUGUAUUUGGGAUGCUGGUGCUAACCACUUGGUAGAUUUAACUAUUUUUUUCAGAAUGAGUGCUUUUAUGAACUGCAGUGGAACGGAAGAACUAAGAAACAUUUCCUGCAGGCAUAAAGCAUCACAGCACUGCACUAAACCCAGCGUAGGAGAGGCUGACCUACCGCUUCUCGCACACGGUUCAAGCCUUUCCGGCCUUCUGUGAGGCCGACAGCAAUACUAACUCGCCCCUACCUUCAGUGGCCAAAUAAAGAACCAUGGGUAAACACAA